AUGGUGAACACGAGAGCCAAAAUCAAGAAAAUCCAGAACACCAUAAACCUUUGGUUCUCGGAGGCUGCCAUGGCCGACACCAAUCAUCUGGCCACUGAGUCUGGAGCUCUGAUCGGUUCCAACGACGAUCUUUUAAUUGAAAUCCUUCUCCGAUUGCCUGUUACCUCUGUUCUUCGAUUCAAAUCUGUAUCCAAACACUGGCGUUCCCUUUUGAGUCACCGUCGUUUUACCCUACUGUAUAAAAAUGCUUCCUUCUCUCCUGGUUUUUUUGCUCGCAAUUUGUAUAUUCCAUUUGACAACGAGAUCAUAAACACUCCUCCUUUUCAUAAUCUUGACUUCUAUCCUGAUCCUCGUGGUAUUAGAAUCGUGCAAUCUUGUAACGGAUUACUGCUUUGUCGCACCUAUGAUGGGGACGAACGAAUGCAUAAAUAUUACAUAUUUAAUCCCACUUCCAAGCAAUUUGCAGUCCUCCCAUCAGUUCUAGGAGGCAUGGCUGUUCGUAAAACCAUCAUUUUUAUGGCUCUGGCAUUUCAUCAAACAGAUUGUGUUCAUUACAAGGUUGUUUGCUUUUACCUUCCUAACCUGGACGAUGUGUUUAAGAUUCAAAUCUACUCCUCCUAUACAGGGAAAUGGAAGAUUUCAGAUGAAUCUUUUUCUUUACCUCAUCCUUAUUUUGUACCCUUCCACUACAUAGUUUAUUGGAAUCAAGCUAUACACUGGGUUCCCUUUGGUGACAAUCGAUCGUACUUUAAGGUCGACACGGAAGAAUUUAAAUCGCUUCCCUUGCCUGUGUCGGUGGCGUCUUCCGAAGGUUAUGAAGAUUGGGAUAUGACACUUUACUUUGGGGAGUCGCGAGGCCAUCUGCAUUUGGUGGAGAGGGCCGAUCGCAGUGAGAGCCAUUUACACCUGAAUGUGUACGAGAUGUUGAACGAUCAUUCGGGGUGGUUUCUCAAGUAUCGAGUCGAGCUUGAUGAGCUUCUGGAUGCUUAUCCGGAGAUGAGGGAAGGCUUUCCAUAUAUGUCGAGCCCAAUUUAUUACGAAUUUGAAGUGUUUGAUGUGGUUCGGGGUGAAGAAGAAGAUGAAACAUUUAUGGUGAUCAGAGUUCCAGGGAAGGUCAUAAGGUACAAUAUUGUGGAAAAGAGUUUCAAGCAGAUUUCUGACCAGAUCUAUUUAUAUGGACGAACCGGACACAUGCAUGUUCAUCGUUAUAUUGAAUCUUUGGUGUCGUUCUAA